CUUAUAUAAGUUUGAACAAUGAUCACAGUCAAUUCGGAUGGAAAAAUAAUGAUCAGAAGAUGUCUUGUCACCUUGAGACCUUUUAGGAUAUUUGUGCUGGGCAUUGGAUUUUUCACCCUGUGCUUCUUAAUGACAUCUUUGGGAGGCCAGUUUUCAGCCAAAAGACUGGGAGACUCUCCCUUCACCAUCAGAACCGAAGUGAUGGGUGCGCUGGAGUCCAGAGGGGUGCUGCGGAAGAUGAGCGACAUGCUGGAGAUGAUGGUGAAGAGGAUGGACGUACUAGCCAGGCUGGAGAAUAGCACUGACUUCCGGAAAGGGGAGGAGGCACGUUUUCCUCCGGACAGGUUCCAGCCAGCAGCAGGUUUGAUGGAGAGGAUCCAAGCUAUUGCUCAGAAUGUCUCUGACAUUGCAGUGAAAGUAGAUCAGAUUCUCCGGAACAGCCUCAUGAAUGGGAAAGUGAUAGAAGGCAGACGGGACCAGUGUGAGGUGCCCAGGGACCCCAAAUACCCUGACUGCUCUGGAAAAGUGGAGUGGAUGAGGGCCAGGUGGACGUCCGACCCCUGCUAUGCAUUUUUCGGCGUGGACGGCACAGAAUGCUCGUUCCUCAUCUACCUCAGCGAAGUUGAGUGGUUUUGUCCUCCGCUGCCUUGGAGAAAUCAGACGGCAGCCAUGCCAUCCUCAAAGCCACCACCCAGAGGGCAGGCAGCUUUUCGGAGCAACCUCUCUUACCUCCUUGAGCUGAUCGGGAGUGGCAAGGAAUCCUUGAUCUUCAUGAAGAAGAGAGUCCGGCACUUGGCCUCACAGUGGCUUCUGGCAACCCAAAGCCUGGCGCAGAAACUGAAGGGCAGACGGAGGGAUCAAAAACAGAUCUUGAUUCACAUCGGCUUCCUGACGGAGGAGUCAGGGGAUGUUUUCAGCCCCAGGGUGCUGAAGGGGGGACCUCUGGGCGAGAUGGUCCAAUGGGCAGAUAUCUUAGCUGCCCUCUUCGUUCUGGGACACAGCCUGAAAGUCACGGUUUCUUUGAAAGAGCUGCAGAGUAAUUUAGGGGUGCCUCCGGGACGUGGCAAUUGUCCCUUGACUGUCCCUUUGCCCUUUGACCUCAUUUAUACUGAUUACCAUGGCCUCCAGCAAAUGAAGCAACACAUGGGGCUCUCCUUUAAGAAAUACAGGUGUCGCGUUCGGGUCAUUGAUACCUUUGGGACAGAGCCAGCCUACAACCUUGAGGAGUAUGCCACUCUGCAUGGCUACCGGACAAACUGGGGGUACUGGAACCUGAAUCCCAAGCAGUUCAUGACUAUGUUUCCUCACACUCCCGACAACUCCUUCAUGGGCUUUGUGUCCGAGGAGCUCAACGAGACCGAGCGGCAGUUCAUUAAGUCCAACAAAGCAAGCAACAUGGCAGUGGUGUACGGGAAGGAAGCCAGCAUCUGGAAGUUGCAGGGCAAAGAAAAGUUCCUGGCCAUCCUUAACAAGUACAUGGAGAUCCACGGCACUGUUUAUUAUGAAACCCAGCGUCCUCCGGAGGUCCCAGCCUUUGUCAAGAACCAUGGCCUUCUGCCACAGCACGAGUUCCAGCAGCUUCUGAGAAAAGCCAAGCUUUUCAUCGGAUUUGGAUUCCCCUAUGAAGGUCCCGCCCCUUUGGAAGCAAUAGCCAAUGGGUGUGUUUUCCUGCAGUCUCGUUUCAAUCCGCCACACAGCUCCCUCAAUCACGAAUUCUUCAGGGGGAAGCCUACAUCAAGAGAGGUGUCCUCCCAACACCCCUAUGCGGAGGACUUCAUAGGGAAGCCUCAUGUGUGGACGGUGGACUACAAUAACUCAGAGGAGUUUGAAGCCGCUAUCAAAACCAUCAUGAGGACCAAGGUAAUUGCUGGCAGAAUUCAUUGA